UAAGAGUCUAGGAACCAUUGACCCACAAAGAGAGAGUGCUUCCUAUAGUGUCUAUUGCUUUAAAUCCCAUUUAUUUGGUACUCUCUUUGGCUUUCUGCCCUCUUGAGUGGAUGCCAGCUGGUGAUGCUUCAGACUCUCCCAUCGUCUGAACACAGCUCCUCUGAGGCCCCUUGGAGCUCCAGCACACAGCUUCCUGAAAUAAGGGACGCCCUAGAAUUUCCAGAUUUGGAGUUAUUGGGUCUUUUUGAAAAUGAAAGGAAGUGAAAAGAAAUCAAGUCACAGGGAGUUAAUACGAUCCGUCGUGAAUUCAGUGGAUUUGGGGACUUUGCAACCCGUGGCUGCUAUAGUCAAAGCAGAUGGAAGGCCUCAUUCUUCACCCCUUAAUAUCAUGGCCCCCAAUUCUGGCAGAAGCCUCGACAGGCCAUCUUCAUCUAUCUGCGUGGUGAACCCCAUCCUGUCCUUUGCGGAUCUGGACCGGAUCUUCUUUCAAAAAAUCCUCAAAAAGGAGGAGGACUUGAAGAAAGCCUUCAACAUCAUCGACUCGGAGCAAACCCUGAGGGUGACCAAGAACCAGCUGCGGAGAGUCAUUGAGGUCUACCUCCUCCCUCUCACUCGGAAGCAGUUUAACGAGGUGCUGUCUCAGAUACCCCUUACCAGCAGUGGGGAAGUGCCCUACCUGGAGUUCCUGUCCAGGUUUGGCAGAUUGAUUACAAAUGUGAAUACCCUAAAAAGGGUGAAUGGAAAGCUGUGUGCCAACAGGCCCUUGAACCAGCUGGAAUGCCAGUUAGGAGAAAAGAUUUUCAAGAAUGUGAGAGGCGUCAUCAAGGCCUUUAAGCUCUUUGACUGCACUCAGUCUGGACAGAUUCACCCCAACGGGCUCCGGCAGGUCCUGGAGAAUUUCUGCUUUAAGCUGAGGGAUGAAGAAUUUGAGAAGCUCUGGAAUCGCUACAGCUUCGGGAAGGAGUCUUCCCUGGACUACCAUAUGUUCCUGCAGAACCUAGCUACGAACAUUAACCUGAACCAAAAGUACAACAUUGGCAACAAAGACUGGAGGGGAAAGCCGGACAAUAAGUACGUCUUCGCCUUCUCUUCAUCCCUUGGAGAGGGCUGGGAAGACUCUUCCAUGGAUGAGAUUGAGGCCGCUUUCUGCAGAGAGUUCGGUGUGUCCACGUCAAACAUCGAGAAAGCCCUCAGUGCCUUUGACACCACCAAGAGAGGCUACGUGUCUUUGAAUUACCUCAAGAUUGUUGUCGACAACUUCGUAUUCCCGUUACCAAAAGACAUUUUUCUGCAGCUCCUGAAGAGAUUAGGAUUUAAAACCACCGGUAAAAUCGCCUGGAAGCAGUUUUUAAGAAAAUGCCAAACCUCUGCCAUAAUCGAAAACGCAUUAACGAUUCCUGUGAAGAAAAAAAAAAGAGUUAAUGGAACAGAACCCACGUCCAAGGAGAACAUUCUCACGAAGCUUUGCAGGCAUGUGGAUGAUGACCUUUCCUCCUUGAAGAAGGGCCUCCAAAUGAUUAACCUGAAGCAGGACGGGAAGAUCACAGGAAAAGAACUUCGGCAUGUCCUGAACUGCGCCCUCUGGAAAAUGAAUGACCUGGAGUACAAAGAGCUCAUGCAGAUGCUGGACCCCACAGGCUGCGGCUUUGUGAACUACAUCACCUUCUUGUACCUGCUGGAAGAGGAGUACUCGGCUAUGAAAAAAAAAAGACGAAACGGACUCAAAGAGGAAAAGAUACCUCAGUUUCUAGCCUGGGAUUCUGUGGAAGAAGUCCUCCACGAUACCCUCUCCAAAAGCCUGCAAGAGUUCCACGCGAUGCUGAAGAGCCACGACAUUGGAGACACGGGGAUCAUGAGCAGAAAUAACUUAAAGAAAAUCAUCCAAACGUUCUGUCGGUAUUUGUCUGAUGAGUAUCUAACAAAAUUCUGUGAUAAAUUCCAGGAUAUGAUUUCAGGAGGUAUCCUUUACAAGAAGCUUCUGGCCAGCAUAGGGAUUACUCUCCCGCUCCGUCUGAGCGACAACCCCGUCACCGUCCAAAGCCUCCAGUCACUCAAUGGAGUAUGCCGAAGAGAGGACCUUCCGGAGAGGAGCAAGUUCAGCGAGUGUCGGAAUGAGCUAGUGAGACCCAAGACCCUGGAAGAAGUGAUUGAGAAUCUCAAAUACUGGAUCCAGACGCAGGACACUACCUUUCGGGACACGUUCCUGGAGUACAGCAAGCAUCCUCUGGAGAAAAUCGGCAAAGACGAGUUUAGGAAGGUGCUGGAAGAUAACGGCAUGCCCAUGGACGAUGAACAGUUUGGUCUGCUGGUGAAAAAGAUAGGCUUUAAGAACGAAGGCCUGAGCUACCUUGACUUUGCAGCCGGAUUUGAAGAUGGGAAACCAAAUGGAAGGGAAAGUCCCGUCACCCCAUCCACGCCUCCUACUGCCGGACCAAAGAGUAGUUUUGAGAGUCAUUUUACAACUGCUGAAGAUUGCCUGAAGAACUUCCCUAAAAGGAUUAAGGAAAUAUAUGGGGAUGCCUAUUCUGCUUUUUACAAAACGGACACAAACCAUGACGGCAUCAUCAAUAUGGCUGACUUUAGAGGGAUGUUACAUCACAUGCUGUUUACCCUGAAGGAGGAGGAGUACAUGCGUCUGCUGGAAGCAAUGGGUCUGAAGCUGGGCUUGACCCUGAAUUACCGGGAGUUCCGCAACUUGUGUGAGAAGAGACAGUUCAAGAAAGAUGACCCUCCACAAAGGCUUAUCAGAUCCAAACUGAAGACGACCGAUUCAGAACUAGCUUGUGACCAGGCUCAUAGCUACCUUGCUUCAGAAGCAAAAAACCGAUGGCACGACUUGUCCAAGCAUUUUCUAGAAACUGACAAUGAGGGCAACGGCAUUCUGCGGCGAAGGGACAUACGGAAUGCUCUGUAUGGGUUUGAUAUUCCCAUUACGCCAAGGGAAUUUGAAAAGCUCUGGAUGAGAUUUGACCCCGCUCAAAAGGGCUACGUGACUUACCAAGAAUUUCUAGCUCGAAUGGGAAUCGAGUAUUUACCUUCUAUCCAUCGGCCGUACACCGUGGAUCACUUCAACUUCAUGGGCCAUUUCACGAAGCAGGAUCAGAUGCAGGAAGAGGCCAGAGAGUUCCAGCAGUCUUUGGAGAUGAAUAAGCCAUUCAGGGAGAAGUUUAAGGACCAUCUACAAGACCUCAGCCAGGCCUUUGCGAAAGUGGAUAAGCACAAGAACUCCUUCAUUUCCAUGAACGACCUGCAGAAGGUCUUGCAAGAGUAUCAGCCAAACAUAACGGAAGAGGAGAUCACGAUGAUGCUGAAAAGCUGGGGGAUCCCCUAUAGCGACAACAUCGUCUACUACCAUGAAUUCCUGAGAGCCUUGGAAAGCUUCAAACCUUCCAAGUCUCAUUCCAAGGAGAAAGAAGAGAGUGUGCAAAUCCCCUUCUCCCCGCUGACUCCUGAACAGGCUCUGAAGAGAAUGAAGGAUCUGGUCUUGGCCAACCACAACUACUUCUACAAGGCAUUUGCUGUAUACGAUAAGGAGGAUACGGGCAUAAUCAAAGCGGCGGAAUUUGCACAGGUCAUAAAAGAUUUAUGCUUUAAACUCAAAGACUCUCAAUACACUUAUGUGCUGAAGAAAUUAAAACUUCAUCUCAACUCCCACAUAAAUUGGAAAUUUUUCCUCCGGAACUUCCCCUGUUUCUGUGAAGAGACUGCUGCUGAGUGGACUGAGAAAAUGCAGAAAGCUUCCGCCCCCAAAGCGGCGAAGGACCCGUUCCUGAAAGACCUCCUGCUCCGCGUCCGGGACAUCGUGACCAUGCGCUUCUCGAACCUGCUGCAGGAGUUUACGGACAUAGACUGCAGCCGAUGCUGCACGACCUCCAAGGAGGAAUUCAGGAACAUUUGCAACCGUCACUUCCAGAUUCUGAAUGAUGAACAAUUUGAGAUCUUCUGGAACGAGCUUCCCCUCAACAGUGAAGGGAGGCUGAAGUACCAGGAGUUCUUGUGCAAGUUCAACAUGGAGAAAUCACUGAGCCCCCCCUCCACGGCGGACCCCGCCAAGCCCCAGAGACCCAGCACCACCCCGGAGGUCGAGGCGGGACAGCCCCCCGCUCCCCUGGUGGUUUCCACGCCAGGCCCGGCCCUGCGCCCCCAGACUGGAGCCGAAAGCGUUCCGGGGACUGCGAGCUCCACGGGCUCCAAGACCGGCGUCCCCCCUUUGCAGAACUGUGAAGCUAUAGAGAACAAGCUACGAAAGAAGAUCCAGGGCUUCUGGAAGGAGAUGCUGAAGGAAUGCAAAGCGAAGGACGUGGACAAACAGGGAGAAAUCUCUGUGCCUGAAUUCCAAGCUCUGGUGGACAAGUACAACCUGGACCUCAGUAAAGAGGAUUGCCAGAAUCUCAUAACAAAGUAUGACCUGAAGAACAACGGCAAGUUUGCCUACUGCGACUUCUUCCAGAGCUGCAUCCUUCUCUUGAAGCCAAAGGAGAACUCGUUGAUGCAGAGGAUGAAGAUUCAGCAGGUCUACAUGAUGAAAGGUGCCGGGACGCAGAGCCCUUCCUUCUACGCGGCUUUGCUGAGAAUUCAGCCCAAAAUCCUCCAUUGCUGGCGACCCAUGCGGAGAACUUUCAAAAGCUACGAUGAGUCUGGGACGGGCCUCUUAAGCAUUGAUGACUUCCGGAAGGUUCUGCGGCAGUAUGGGAUCAAUCUGUCCGAAGAGGAGUUCUUUCAUAUUUUGGAAUAUUAUGAUAAAACUUUGUCUUCAAAAAUAUCCUAUAAUGAUUUCUUACGAGCGUUUCUGCAGUAGGUGAUGAUGUGGGCUCAACUGCAAGUGUCACACCUGAGGUGGUGUGCUGCUACAGUAUGUGUGUGGAUGAUAAGAAACCAAUAAAAAACAAUGAAACCCA